CGACCAUCAACUUGUAAACAAAACGUUGGCGACUGGACAUUUAUAUCAGCCAUAUCACAACUUUCUUCAUUUCUUCAAGAUUCUGAUACAGACAUGCGAAUAUGGAGAUGUUUUUAAAGCGUGAAGGUUUCAGCGAGAAAUUUCCAUUGUCACCCAGUAAGAAUCGCUACAUCUUGGGCCGCAACCCAACAUGUGACAUAAAAUUCACCAGCCCCUUCAUAUCACGGGAGCACUGCGAGAUCAAGCGUGUGCCGCCCCAUGGGACACUUAUGAUAAGGAACCUGAAGGCGACUAAUGUCACCUAUGUUGAUGGAUUGGAGCUGCGUGAUUUAGAAAUGAUUGCUGAGCUGAGACCAGGCUGCCAGAUUGGAUUGGGGGUCCCCCUGACCCAUGCCACAGAUGAAGGCAUCCGUAACAGCCAGUAUGUGUUCCUUCGGCUGUGUGAGCCAGAAGACCAGAAUGAAAGCCACGGUAAUACAAGCUGUUUAAAUGAAACAGUGAAUUUUUCUCCGGGACAAAGAGGGAGAAGACUUAGUAAUAGCCGCCCACCCGGUAAUACAGUACCCCGUACAGAAAAAUCAGAGGAUGCAAAGAAGAAUGCAAGUAGAACUGGACCCCUUGGCAUGGAUUACUCUGAGACUCCUCAGGAAGGUGGCAUUAUGACAAGUGCAUCAGCAACAUCCUUUGACCCUCAGAAAACAUCAUAUUCCCACAGUAGUUCUCAAAAUGAUUAUGUAAUGUCAAAGCUACAACCAAACUCCUCUGUUGGCUUUAUCCCAUGUAUUCAGUCACCCACAUCUACAGCAACCUCUUUGGUUGCAACUGCUAAUGUGCCACAUUCUUCAGGUACAACUAAAUCUCCAGCUUUGUGUCUUGCACAACCAGAGGUCAGUUGCAAUGGUAGUGGUGUAAAGGCACUACCAUUGCUCACACGCAUAUCAAAUGCCAAGAGAAAAGAAAGUCUAGAGCUUUUUGAUAAUACCGAUUUGAAAGUUCAAGUUAGUAUAGAUAAUCCGAAGUCUACUGAGCCUCUCCCAAGAAGAAACAGUAGAGAUGACUGUAUGGGAUUAACUUCUCAUCAAAGUGAAUUUAGUAAUCAACAGAAAGAUGCUGCUUCUGCAGGAGAUGAAAUGAGAAAAUCUAGUCUUAGUAUAUCUGGCCUUCCUCUUCAUGCAGAGGAAACAAAACAGGUUCCCUCUUCAUUGCCAUCUGAAAGUCGGUAUUCGUCUCCAAUAGUUCAAAGCUUGGAAACUCACAGAAGACAGAAACAGAGUUCAGGUACCCAUGGUGUGUCACAGAUUCAGCAGGAUUCCAGCAUGUGGCCUGAGGGUGAUGCCUGUAAUAGGGCAUCACCCUCUUUUCCAAUCCAACAUGCUCCUGAAGUGCCAGAUGUUGUUUCUGGCAGCAAACCUUUUAGUUCAUCCAAAGUGUUGGAAGUUAACUCCACAAGAAAAGCAAAGGCAUCAGAGGAAAAUCUGAAGGAAAGCACAAUUGAAGAUACAGCAACUGUAAUGGAGACCUCAAACAAUUUCCUAGAUGAAAAAAGAGCUCCUGGAUUGGAGAAUCAGACCCCUUUUCAGGGCCAGCAUAUAGAAGCAAAGCAGAUACUUCAAACUGUUGAUAAUACCACAGUUCAGACUCCUGUGUUAGGGCUAGUUGAGACUUCUGCUUGUGUAAAAGCUACCAAAGAACAGACAAAUUUUAUGGAAAAAAGAAUUGGAUUUGAUACUAACAAAGACCAAAAAGGGGAACCAAUUACCAUUGAUGACUUUCUUGAAGAGGAUGUCAUUGACCUCACACAGCAGGAUCCUGAACCUGAUAGGUCUGUUGAAAAAAGGACUGAGGAUAAAGAGCAAGACUUGAUGGACUGCUUUGUUGCUGACCUUAUGGAAGAGGAGAAGGGGGAGACAUCUAGUGAAGGAUCUGCAAAGAGGAAGAGGAAUACUGGAGAAGAAACAAUAAAGUCUCUAAGCUCCACUAGUGCUGAUUUCAAGGAUGUGAAAAAGGCAAGACUAAUUGCACCAGCUGUUAGCAAUUUAAAUUCCAGGGAAGACUCGGGAAGCGACAGUGAUAGUGGUGUUCUUAAAACUCUUAGGAAUCCCAAGCUGAAAAGGAGCAUUGUACUAGAUUCUGACAGUGAGACAGAAAUGGAAAAAUCAAAGUCUUUGAAUGAACAAACACAACCAAAGGAGCAAUUUAGAAUGAAAUCUGAAGUUAAUGCUUGGGCAAAGAGAGAUUGCCAAGUAGCCAUUGAAAGGCUGCCAUCAUCUCUUGUUAAAGGUGCAGUGAGUGGGAAGGAAAUAAUUAAUGAUAAAAAGAGUGAACUAACUGUGCAAACUCUCCCUAUGGAUAGCAGAAGCAGAAUUCUUACUUCAAAAGAAAACAAAAUCUCUGGAAACACAGACAACAAAGUUUCUUCCAUGGUAAGUAAGCAAAUUAGCAAAACUGAUCCCUAUAUUAUAUAUGGUCUUCAGGACAGUGAUGAUGAUCUUCCAGAUCUCGAUAACGCAGAUUUAAAACCAAUUCGUGAAUCAGUAUCCUCAGAGAAUAUAAUAGCAAGGAGAAGUAGCACUGAAGAUAACAAUAAAAAGAAGGAGAAAGAUCCACCAAAGGCACUCAGUGAUCGAAGAGGAUCUUUUGAUAGGCAGUGCAGUAAUCCACCUAUAAAACACCACAUUGGUGCCAUAGGAAGAAAAGAAUCUGAACCUCCAGGCAAGAGACACAAGAGGCAAAGCUCCAGGGAUUCACAACCAUUUGAUGCACAAGAGACCAGAGAUUCCCAGGGCCUCAGGCAGCAGAAAGUAAGCAGAACAGACAAUCCCAAUUCAGCUCCUGAGGUCUCAUCAUCCAAGGCAGGCAGAAGUUACAAAAACUCUGGGGAAUCCUCUGAUGCGGCUUCCUCUAAAGACACAACAAAGUGUGUUGUAGAAACCUCUGCUUCUAAUGAAAAUGAUGACUACAUCUUUUGCAAGCCGAGACCAGAUGCACUGGUCAAAAUCAAGAAAGAGAAGGGGGUACAAGAAAACGUAGUAAAUGUGAAAAUAAAAACAGAGAAAGUAGAGAAAGACCAAUGGCAUAUAAACAUUAAAAAGGAGCCAGAAGAUAAGAAAAAGGAGUGUACAGAGAAAGAGAAAGUUAGUGACACAUGUGACGAUGAAGAUGAUGAUGUUCUCAUAAUGUAUUCUCAGGUGGAUGAACCCAUCUGGUUGUCUAGUGAUGAGGAGGACUCUUCCACAUCAGUGGCUGCAGAUGUGUCUUUUGGCCCCCUUCCCCCAAGCCCAGAAUUAGGCAUAGAGGAAUUAUUUGCCACAGAAGAACAGCAGAAGGAGGCAGGAACAGCAGAUAAGUCUAAGGAUGGUGCUGUUACAGAAGUAGAUAUCGACGAGGAUGACCAGUGGUUCCCUGUUUUAUCUCAGUCAUUCUGGGAUGAUGACAUUGAGGAGACCAAAAAGUCAUCCAAAAUUGAUGAGCCAGUUGCAGGUCCAAGCAGCACAGGCAGUUGUGCUAAACAAAAUGAUGAGUUGGAAGAUGAUGACAAGUGGCUUGAACUCUCACAGGGAUUCAUGGAUGAUGAUGCUGAUUUUGAUAACAAGUCUUCCAAAGAUAAAGAUGCAACUGACAGCAGCUUAAAGUAUCGCAGUGCAGCUGUAGAAAAAAACAAGAACAAGGACCCCAGGAAAUCUCAGCUCAUAGAUCCUAAGAUGCCUCCUGCUCGGACAAAGAGUGACAACCUUCGCAAAAGGGGUCUGGGCACCAAUGAUGCUGCCAAUUGGGUUUCUAAACAGCCAGGUCAAAAGAAGGCAUCAGACUUAGAACACAAAAGACAGGAAGAAUCUGCUGAAAGGCAUACCAAGACUAGAACCACAAAGAUUAUCACCCCACCCCAGAAGAGUCGCAGGAAGAAAGGACCCAGUUUGCGGGAAAACUUGACAGCAAAAUAUAACUUGCAGUCAUACAAAUCAACUGUAGAACAAAAGAAGGAAAACCAUCACCUUGUCUUAAGAACUGAAGAAGAUAAGAAGAAAGAGUCUUCCCACAGGAAAUCACACUUAGUUACAUCGGAACCCCGGAAAGAGGAAAACAUAUCAAUACAAAAGAAGCCUUCUCAUAAGGAAGGUGGGGACCAGGCAAAAUCCAGGUCGACAGUUGCAGCCAAAAUUACAUCUAAGAAUCGUUCAGAUAAGCUCAUUGACAUAAACAUCUUUCCUUCACCUGAAGUCCCCAAACCCCAAUCGCGGAAGAAAUACAAAAUCCCCAAAAAUGAUACUACUAAGAAGGCAGAUUCCAGAGAUGAUAAAAAAGGAGAAGGAAGUAGUCAUGUACUGGAUGCAAGCACCAAGAAGGCCCUUCCAGCACCUGAAAUAAACACUUUGGAAAACAGUGAAAUGCAGACCAGAGCAGCUCCUAUGCAAAAAGAUUCAGAAAAAGUUGCUGCAACAGGUGUUGGAAAAGCAAGUAGCAUUAAAAAAGAUACAGAGAAAGGAAAUGCGAAGGCUAAGAAACAUGUUCGUUUUCCAAGCCAGCUUGAAGAUUUGGUGAAAGUCUUGUACAUAUCACCACGCAAAAAUGCAGAUCGAUUGGGAGCAUUGUCUGUUAAAGCAAAGGAAGUGUUACCCAAAGAACUCUUAUUUUUGAAGUACAAGAUUCCCAACAACUAUUUUGAUCAGUUCAUUUACUUUGUGUGCAGAUGGAAUUAUGACUGGCUUGACAGCUACAGAGUCAUGCAGGAGAAGCAUGCAAAUGGCAAGCUGAAAGAGGUGAGGCCUCCUCCAAUUGUCCAGAACACCACCUAUCCAACGCUCAUAUUGUAUGACUCAUACAAUGACUAUAAAGAGAUUUUCAGCACCCUCAUGUACUAUGAAGUCUGGGAGCACAUAUACCAGGACUGGUUACAGUACAGAAAUAACAAUAUGUGGUUGACAGCUCAGAUUGAUGUAAUACAACCCCUGGGUGUAGAUAGGGAUGUUAAUGCCCCCAAGUUUUGGAUGGUAAAGGUGAUUACAUUGAUCACACAAGAACAGAGCAACCGAAACUACCAUCCUAGGCAAGGUUCUCUUGUAGCCUUAAAGCUUCAUGAAGGAAAGAGAAGAGUAGUGAUUUUGGGCUAUGUUGAUAACAUCAUCAAGUCCAGAAAACGAAAUGUUACAAAAGAACUGGAUAUGAUGGUCCCACAGGGUGAAGUUUGCCUUCUUCUCAGCAUGCGUGUCACAAAGGACACCAUCCAGACUGUUAAACUAGGGAAGAUAAUAUAUGUUAGCAAUGUCUCUUACAUUCGCCCUGCUACGAGAACUUGGGAAGGUUUGUGCAAACUCCCUCAGUCCCCUUUGUGUGGUGACAUACUCAAGCCAUCUGAAGAAGUGUUCAAAUGUAGUCAACACCCAGGAGAGUACAUCAUUCAUGACAUGCCUCUCAACAGUGUGCAGAAGAAGGCUGUUGUUGAAGUUAGUAGUAAAUGCACUGUUGAUGAGCUGGUGCCAAAGAUUAGCUUGAUUCACGGUCCACCGGGAACAGGUAAAACACGGACUAUAACUGCCCUUAUAGCCCAGAUAACAAAGUCUUGCCGUGAAAAUAAGAGGCCAUGCAGAAUUCUCCUGUGUGCCCCAUCAAAUGCAGCUGUUGAUGAAUUAACCCUACGUCUUAUCAAGCUCAAAGAAAUUGGGUUGUCUCUCCGCCUGGUGAGGGUUGGUGUGAAAGAAAGCAUAAAUAAUGAGUUGAGGGAAUAUACCCUUGAUGCUUUUGUACAGAGACAGGUUAAAAUUGAACUUUCCACCCCCAAGAAUGUAUCGACCCGACAAGAAUGGGAAAGGAAGAGGUACAUGGCAAAACAGGCAGCAGAUGCAUUGGAAAAGGCAAGGAAGGAGAAUAGGAAUAAGGAGGAGAUCAAGGCAAUGGAGACUCGUUUAAAUGAAUUAGUUAGAGGAAAAACAGAGUUCGAAAGAAGCUUCCAUUCCCAGCCUAAUUCACAGGAACGAUAUAAACUACAGCAAAAGUGGCAGGAGCAGUUUCUCUUAGGAGCAGAGGUCAUUACUGUGACGUUAGGAGGCUGUGUCUCAGGUGUGAUGCAGGAAGCCCUUGGCAAAUUGCCUCAUGCAUUUACAUGCUGCAUCGUUGAUGAAGCUGGACAAUGCAAAGAAACUGAAACUUGGCUUCCAUUGCUCUAUGGUGUCCGCAAGUUGGUUCUGGUGGGAGACCACAAACAGCUUCCAGCCACUGUGAUCUCACAGCUAGCCCAGUACAAAAAUCUCAAGCAAUCGCUCUUUGAGAGGUUCUUUUACCGUUAUGUGAUAGAACUGCAGAUGGACAACCUCAUCCACUCUCUCAAUGUCCAGUACAGAAUGCAUCCAGAGAUUGCAGACUGGCCCUGUAAACACUUCUAUUUGAACAAGCUUGUGACAAGUCCAGAAAUUGUAAUGCAAAGAUCGUAUGGUCUGAGACCAUAUAUUGUUUUUGAUCUGAAGACAUCUCAAGAGCAAAAAAACCAAAACAAUGAGUUCUACAAUCCAGCAGAAGCAUCACUGAUUCGCAUUCUUUUGGAAGCAAUUGAGCCAGAUAUUGCACAGCAGAAGGUAGCCAUCAUAACCCCUUACCAGUGCCAAAAGUACAAACUUGAGGAGAAGCUGGCAAAAUUCUUUGGCCGGAUCAACCUAGUUAUCAACACAAUUGAUGCAUUCCAGGGCCAGGAGCGUGAUGUGGUAAUCCUUUCCUUUGUUCGGGCCAAUGCAGAGGCCAACAUUGGCUUUCUCUCUCAGCGUCAGCGUCUUAAUGUGGCCCUUACGCGUGCUCGUCGCUCCUGCUAUAUUGUGGCCAACCUAAGUACACUUGCACAGAAUGAUGAUUGGAAAUCACUCAUACAGAAUGCCCAGGACCGCAGUGUUAUAAGAACCAUCACUCAAGCAGAAGAGAAUAACAGAGCACACAUCAGAAAGCUUGUCCAGAAAUGAGAUGCAUGUCUGCACAAAUGUGGCAUUGUGUUCUGGCCCUUCACUACGGUUCCUUAUUUACAUUCUUGAGUGUGCUGUACAUUAUGGUUGGCAUUUAAGAGUAAAAAAGUUAUGCUGCACUUUUUGUAUGGAGUGAACCUGAUUUUAUCAUAUGUGGCAGUUUUCAAAAGGAAAAGAGAAGAAAAGAGAAGCAAGCAAAGAAGAAAAGCGAAGGCAAUAAGCAUAAAGAGCAUUUCAGGUUGUUGGCUAUGUUAUAUUUACUUAGCUUGAUCCUGGGGGGUUGAGAUUUUUGGAAAGCUUUAGUAAAGCUGUGAUUAGGUGUUAUCUCUAUGAAAUCCAUAUGAGGAAUAUUGACAUUAAUGAAAGGAAACCUUUUUUAUGAUAGAAAUACCUUCAACAUGAAGUGUUAUGUGAAUGUACUAUGUGAUCAUAUAUUUUUUUACAUUUUCAUCUUUCAGUACAUUUCUUGUUAACCAUUUGCCGUAAUAAAGAGAAUAAACAGCUGCAAUUAGCUGUUUAAAGAUACUAUGUGUCACCUGCAUAGCCCGUUCUUUGUUGCUGUCAUGUGUUCAGGAAGGAUUUUUUUUUGUUUGUUUUAUUCUAUUUAUUACAGAUUUUAAGAUUUAGCUAUUAACUGUCUUUUUUUUAUUACUUGUUUCUCUCCUCUUAAUAAGAAGGCCUAUAAAAGAUACUAAGUACACUGUACACCAUGUCUGAGAGAUAAGGAUUGGUAUUGUCCUUUAUAUAAGACUGGUUUCCUUGUGAUAAAAAUGUUUUAUUGGACAAUUUUCCCCUUGAUUUAUAUAUAAUGUAAAUGAUCUGAUACUAGGAAUUAAGUGUUAUCAGACAAAAUAUUUCAAUGUAGCCAAGAUGGAACGAACUUAAAUUAAGACUGAAUUCUGUGGAGUGAAAGGAUUCUCUAUUUCCUUUUUUUAGGCUACUUGAAUGUGAUAUUGAAAUAGGAAGCUUUAUUAUUUCUCUUGAUAUUAGUAAAUGUAUUUUUGAAGCUAUAUUUUUCAUUAUUGUGACAGUCAUGCACUGCUUAUUCACUGGACAUUGUGUGAACACUUAAUAUAUGUACUUGCAAAGCUAGAUGGAAUAUUAACUUACAUGACAGAUGUAAGCAUAUAUAUCUUUCAAGCAAAGCAAUUGGGCUGCCAGGUAUGUAAUGGUAAGAUACAAUUAUACAUCCUAGAAAAACAUGUUCUGAAUCAUAAUGAAAUCCUGUGCUAUUGCCUUAUGUACUGCGCUUUCUAUAGUAAUUUUAAUGUGAACUUUCCUUACUUUAAAAUAAAAGGUUUAGUGUCGAGCAGUGUAUGCUUCAAUUCUUAGGUAGCAAUUCUUGUAAACGAUAUGGAUUUUUAGUGUUGCAGCAUAAUUUCUCUAUCAUUAAAAAAAUAUAUAUAUUACUACCGAGUGCAUCAUGGCUCCCAAAUGCAGCAAAACCAGUGCAAGUGGUAACAGCUACAAGAAGCAAAGGCCAAUUUGAAAUUGAAAUAUAAGGUGAAAAAUCCAAUGAGAAUCAGCUCAUGGGACCACAGACAUAAACGGUGUAUGACAGAAUUUAUGAUACAAAUAUAAAUUAGGCAAAUUGUUUAUUAUCAUUUUUAUACAGUUCAUAUCGUUAUAAAAUUAUUUUUUGCUCAUAUCAACCAUGACACAUAGUGAAGUUGAUAUUUAUUCAGACAAAAUAUGUUCCCAAAAUGAUGUAAACAUCACUAUUCUAAAUAAAAGUAUAGUUGGAAAAAUAGUGUAUAGUGACUUGGAACUAUAUUAAGCCCAGAGGAUGCUGGAGAUCUGUGUCAUUCAGUUCAUAAAGUGAAAAUAAUAGGAAAAUAAUAGGUACUCUUUGCUGUAUAUAUCAGUUAAGAUAAAAAAGUUAAACUAUAUAACAUAUAAGUCUAGCUAUUUUAGAUACUGAAAUUGUGAAAAAGCCCCCCCCCCCCCCCCCCUAAGUAAAAGUAAUGUGAUAUCUCAGUAUUUCAGUUGAUUAUGUUAAUUUGAUACUUUUUGGUAAAGAAAAAAAAAAAAAAAAAAAAUGUAUGAUUGGUUUACAUUCUCUGUUAAAAAAAUACAAACUAAUAUAUGGUUGGUUUAAGUUCGCCUAUGAAUGUAGGUUGUAUAUUACCAUUUCUGUGUGUGUGUGCUAAAACAAAUGUGACUGUAAAGGAGUGUGCGAGGGAGUGAGAUAACAUAGAAUGCAAAAUGUGUGUUUCAUAGUUGGGAAAAGUAAGUGCUCUGUUACGCAGGAUGACAUCACAUGACAUCCUAGUUACAUGGACUGUCCACUGUGGUUUGGUUUAAUCAAUUUUGUUUACCCAUAGAGGCUUCACAAGUACUUACCAAGGAGUCAAUUAUGAGGCCUACCUAACCUCACCUAUUUACCCUACUCCUUGAACUUUUGGGAAAGAAAGUUUUUAUUUCUAAUAUUAUUGUUAUUAAUCAUAUAAUUGUUAUUACUGAUAUCAUUAUUGUUAUUAUAAUGUUAUUACAAAAAUUAACACUAAAAAUAAACUUUUCUCCAAAAAUUAAAGAAAUACAGUAAAUGAUGAGGUUCGGUAGAACUAGUAAUUAACUAAAUGUGACUAAAAUCACAGUGGACAGGACAAGUAUACAUGCCCUCCUGUCACCAAAGAAUUAAAAUAAAUUCCUUUCAGUCAUAUGAUGAUGCACUUAUAGAUUAGGUACAUCUGUGCUCCAAUUAUGAGUGGUUGCUGAGAUGGCAUUUUACCAAAAGGUGCUUUGCUUUGCUUUUUUUUUAUUUUUUUUUUUUAUUAUUUUUUUU